CCUCUCUAUUGAUGGGUUCUUAUUCUUCAUUGCAAACCUCCUCGUUCAUAUUAUAAACCCACUUCAAAAUCACUUCUUUAAUUUCUUUCUUUGUCUUUCUAGUUCUUAAUUCGUCUUCUUCUUCUUCUUCUGGUUCUAGUGAUGGAGCUUAUUCCUGGUCUUCCAGAUGACGUAGCUCGUGACUGUCUUGUUCGUGUUAUGUACAAGCAGUUCUCUACUGUUAUAGCCGUUUGCAAAGGCUGGAGAACUGAGCUCGAGUUGCCGGAGUUUUACCAGCGUAGGAAAGACUCUUGCAACUCUCAAAAGCUCAUCGUUAUGGCUCAAGCACGAGUUCACCAAAAACAAGGUUCUAAUCUUAUCAAGUAUCGGGCUAAUCCGGUUUAUUCUCUUACGGUUCUCGAACCCGACACGGGUGAUUGGUGUGAUUUGCCUCCGAUUCCUGGGUUUUCCCAUGGGUUGCCCAUGUUCUGUCAGGUCGUCAGUGUCGGAUCGGAUCUUAUUGUUUUAGGCGGGUUGGAUCCCACCACGUGGGAAGCUUCUGAUUCGGUUUUCAUCUUCAAUUUCGUUUCGGCCACGUGGCGUCGUGGGGCUGACAUGCCCGGUGUACGGCGAUCCUUCUUCGGGUGUGCGUCCAAUUUUAGUCGCACGGUGUUUGUCGUCGGCGGACAUGACGGUGAGAAAAAUGCAUUAAGAUCCGGUUUUGCAUACGACGUGGCGAAUGAUGAGUGGAUCCCAUUACCUGACAUGGCAAGAGAACGUGACGAGUGCAAGGCGGUUUUCCACGGCGGCAAGCUCCAUGUCAUCGGAGGGUACUGUACUGAAAUGCAAGGUAGAUUUGAAAAAAGUGCUGAGGUGUUUGAUGCUGCCACAUGGAAAUGGAAUGACGUGCAAGAUGAUUUUUUACUAGCUGCAAUAUGUCCUAGGACAUGUGUGAUCGGUGAUGAUGGCUUAUACAUUUGCCACGGAGGUGAUGUGUUGGCACUUAAAGGAGGAGCUACCUGGCAAGCUGUUGCCAAGCUUCCUGCAAACGUGUGCAAUGUUGCAUACGUGUCAACAUGGAGAGGUAAAUUGUUGGUGAUUGGAUCAGAGGCAUUGGGCGAGCCCCACAUCGCAUACACGUUGGAUUCAAAUAGUUACAAGUGGGCAAAACUGGAGACACCUAAGCAAUACUCUGGACAUGUUCAAUCAGGUUGUUACUUGGAAAUCUAAGACCCGAAAUAUAAAAAAGUUGCUGUAAUGUACAUAUAAGAUUGUUUUUGCAAAAUGGUUUUGGUUACAAUGUAAGGCGAGUAGCAUAGGUUGCUGUGAUGAUUUUUAGUUGCACUGGCAAGUCAAUUUGGUGUAGUUAUAUAUAUACAAGCUAAAUGGCAGUUAGAUCUGUUUUCUUCU